UAAAUCACAAUUCCAACAUAAAAUACUCUUCGGUACACUUUUCUAACACAACUUCCGAUAUUAUUUUUCAAUUCUUCAAAAAAAGUAACAAUCCUUCACAUUUUCUUCAUUUAAACUUCGUACGGUAACUUCAUCAAUACAGUCAUUUUUAUACGGACAAAAAGGAAAAAGCAUUUCUUUAAUUCCAUUUCUUUAUUGUGAGCCUCAAGAUUCCUCUGUAUAAAAUGCCUCUUCUUCUUUCUCCUCCUCCUCCUCCUCCUCCCAUUUCAUAUCUCCCUCUUUCCGCAGAAAUCCCUUGCUCUUGCUCUUUACCCCCCUCCUCCUCCUUCUCCAUCGCCAUUCUCAAGAUCCACUGAAAUCCGUCCUUGCUUUUAUCCCCCACCCCAUCUCGCAGCCAAACAACCAAUCAAUCACGAGAAGAGAUGAAAUCUCGGCGCCUAUUGCCGGACAGAUCCUGGAUCCUCGCCGUGGUAAUGGCCGGCCUGGUCUUCGCCGGGGUCCUAAUCGGAAGCUUCAUCCGCUCCACCGACAACUCCUUCAUCUGCUCCCUCGCAAGCAAGAAGUUCCGCGCCGCCGCCGAGUACGCCUCCACACCGGCCCAGCUCCAGGCAAUCGUCCACUACGCCACCUCCCGGACCACGCCGCAGCAGAACAUCGACGAGAUCUCCAUAACCCUCGACGUCUUCCGCAGCCGCUCUUUCGCCCCUGCCAAUUUCCUCGUCUUUGGCCUCGGAUUCGAUUCCCUGAUGUGGAGCGCUCUCAACCCUAAGGGGAAAACCAUCUUCCUCGAAGAAGAUCCCUCCUGGGUGAAAUCCGUGCUCAAGGACGCGCCCUUGCUCCACGCGCACACCGUCCAGUACCGCACCCAGCUCAAGGAAGCCGACGGCCUCCUCAAUUCGUACAGGAAGGAGCCGAUGUGCUCCCCGGCGAAGGCCUCUCUCGACGGCAACUACGCCUGCCCGCUGGCCCUGACCGGGCUGCCCGACGAGGUGUACUCUACGGAGUGGGACCUGAUCAUGAUCGACGCGCCGCGUGGGUAUUUCCCCGAGGCGCCGGGGAGGAUGGCCGCGAUAUUCUCCGCGGCGGUGAUGGCGAGGGCGAGGAAAGGACCCGGCGUGACGCACGUGUUUUUACACGAUGUGGAUCGGAAGGUGGAGAAGACGUUUGCGGAGGAGUUCCUGUGCCGGAAGUACCUGGUGAAGGGCGUCGGGCGGCUGUGGCAUUUUGAGAUCCCGCCGGCGGCGAAUAUGACCGGACAGGACGAAAACUCGUGGUUUUGUUAGAAGCGGAAAGGACAACGAUACCGUUUUGUCGUUAACCCCGGCGGAUAUUAAGAUUUUUGUGUGUGCAUUUAUUAAUUAUAUUUAUUAUCCUCUCUGGGUUCCGCCCGCAGAUCUAGUUUAGUGAUAGUAAUUAAAGUUUCUGAAAGGUGGAUGUGAGACAGUGCACACAGGUCAGAUAUUAUUUACUAGUAAUAAUUAAUUAAUAUAUUUCCCUAUUUACAUUUUCAAGCUUUGGGUGGAGUUUUUAUUUUCAACGGGAAAAUGAGGAAGGAAAAAAAGAAAAAGAAAAAGAAAGAUGAGAAUUUGAAUAAUAAAAUACUUCUUUAGUUUGUCCCUCCAUUUUUAGACAAAUAAGAAGAUAAUAGAUAUGGCAGUCGCAAUAUGAUUAUUCAACAUGUUAAAAUGUCGUUUCUUUGAGAAGUCAUCAAAUUUGGAUGCUCACUUUUUUUUGGGUUGAGCAACAAGAGUUUGUUAUAACCAUAUAUUUAGGAAAGAAAAAGAAAAUGCAAUGAGACAUGGUAUGGUAUGUAUUUAGGAAAGAAAAAGAAAAGACAUGGUAUGGUUCGCCACGUUGCAGAGUUGUAACGAGUCUAAUUUGGGCCGCCGUACAAGACUUUUCAAAAAAAUCAUGAUGACGGGCGGUGGAUAUUUGAAAAGUUGAUAUUGUUGUUAUUAAAUUGGGGAUCUGGGGGGGCGGAGGAGAGAGAUUGAAGAAAAAGAACGCAAUGCAAUUGCAAAUGCAAUGGGUGUGAAGUGGAGCAAUGGCGGAGUGCCAAUUCCACACCGUCGUCGUUUGCGGAGACAGACAGGUGUAGCGCUGCCAAAGGUUGAUAUAUUCCUGCGCUGGGCUGGGCCUGACAUGAUUUAUUUCGUGAGAGUCCACUUGUGUCCCCCAUCCCAUUCCGCAAUAGAAUAAAAUUAUGGGGUUUGGCAUUAACAAUUGUUUUUUUUCCUCCAUUGUGGAUGAUGAUAAUUGGAGUACGACGUGGUUGGUUACAAUACGCUCGAAAACGGUGUGAUCUGGUUCAAAUCGGACCAUAUAUACAGUUUACGGUUCAUAUCGAAAGGUUGGACCACAAAUUAGAUCACAAACUAUAUGAUCAAGAUCAGACCAUAUUUGUGCGAUCUGGUCCGGUACGGUGUGACCUAGAUAGACCACACUGUACGAAAAAUGAACAAGUUUAUUAGUCUAAUUACACAAAAUAUUGAAGGUCGUUUGGAUGGAGUAUUUGUAUGAGUUAUUUGGGUUCAAAUAACUCGCAAUGAGUUAUUUGAACACAAAUAACUCGUUUGGUAGUGUUUUACUGAAUGAGUUAUUUGGACAGUGAGUUAUUUACAAAUAACACAAAACACGUUAUUUGAAAUAACUCAUACCCAUGUGUUAUUUCAAAAUAAUUAAUUUUGCCACUCUACUUUUAUCAAAUACCACAUGUAAAAUACCACAUUUGCAUGGUUAAACCAAACGAGAUACUUUAUUUUAAUUACCAGUAAAAUACCAUAUGAACAAUAAAUAAGUUAUUUGACUCCACAAAUACCACAUUGACAAUUAAUUCAUCCAAACGAUACUAAAUUAUGGAUUUUUGCAAUAACAAUGACUUCUUUUGUUCAUUGUGUUUGAACGUGGUGAAUAACAUAAGAAUGAAUGAAUAAAUGAAUG